AUGAUAGAUCGGGCCGACGAGCCGCUCUUUUCUGGCUCGCGGAACGCUCAGCGUGUGCAGCGAGCAUGCAAGCAGCUGGGACCGCUCUUUCUGCGGUCCCUCGUCUUCCGCUCGACGGGCAACGGAAUUAGAUUCUGCCGAGUGAUCGCGGAUCUAGCGCUGAUGUCGCUACACUUUCCCGCCAAAACGAAAGACGCCUCGCUCGGGACCGACCGACGGCGACUCGAAAACCGGCCCAGAACAUCCCGCCCCCGUGAACUAGUUCGCGUAAUUAGCUCGCGGUGCGCGCCAUUUUGCGGCGAAACAACGUUACUCACAAUCAUAACGCCGAUGACCGAUUCCCAACUC